UCAUCAUCUGUCAAUCCCUAGGAGCUCUGCCAGCCGGCUGGCUUCACUUUAGAACCGCAGCUGAACAUGGAGGAUGAGGUGUUCCAGCAUGCUGUGUCCGUGUUCAGCUCGCUGGUGUCGUGGGUCGCCGCGGGUGCCAUCAUGUUCGGCGGUGUGGUGCCGUACAUCCCGCAGUACAGAGACAUCCACCGGAGCCAGAACGCGGAGGGCUUCUCCACCUACGUGUGCCUGGUGCUGCUGGUGGCCAACAUUCUGAGAAUCCUGUUCAGAUUCGGCCGAUAUUACGAGAUGCCGCUGCUGUGGCAGAGCAUCAUCAUGAUCUGCACCAUGCUGGUCAUGCUCAACCUGUGCACCAACGUCCGCAUGGCUGCCGAACUCGGCACCAAGAGGCGCUCCUUCUUAGCGACAGACAGUAAGGACGAGGAGGUCAGAAUCCCUAAGAGGCUCUUUCUGGACUUUGACUGGAUCUACUUCUGGUCCUGGAGUCGCUUCGUGGACUACCUUCAGUGCGUGCUGGCCUUCACGCUGGUGGCGGCCUACAUCACUUACCUCCUCCUGGACUCGGUGCUGUUCGUGGAGACCCUCGGCUUCCUGGCGGUGUUCACCGAGGCAAUGCUGGGAACGCCACAGCUCUACUGCAACUACCAGAACAAAUCCACAGAAGGCAUGAGCAUCAAGAUGGUGCUGAUGUGGACCAGCGGCGACACCUUCAAAACGGGCUACUUCCUGCUCACAGAGGCCCCCGUGCAGUUCUGGACGUGCGGCCUGCUGCAGGUGUUUGUGGACGUCGCCAUCCUGUUCCAGGUCUACUACUACAGCCGCUACCCGCAGAAACCCGUGUCCCACACCGUCUCCCACACCACCAGUGCCAAAGCUCUCUGAGGUGCCGCCACGCGUCCCGAGGAGACUCCAAAAGACGAGCGGUGAGGAACGGGUGGGGAGGGGCGGGAUGCCCAAACACGCGCACCGAAGGAGUUGCUGCUUCUGCACCUCGGCGGUCGCAGCAAUACCUUGAGGAACGCUCAACGAUCAUGAAGACGUCUUUCUUUCCCGGCACUGAAAAUACACGCAUCAUGCAAUCGCACCCCACUCAACAAAUCAGCAUGUGCAUGUGGAGGAUUUUUAAUUUUCUAUACUUUUUUUUUUUUUUUGCAAAAGCAAAAAACGCAACAUAUGAAAACUAUAGAUAUAUUCUGAGCUCAGAGGAAUGUGGAUGAGUUUUUGAUGCUGAUGAAUGUUGCACAGAACCUCUGCCUUAAGACUCAAACACGGCUCAACGCAUUACCAGCAAUCCAAGAGUUGUGUUCAAAACCCGUAGGAAUCCACGUUACUGAAUGUACAAACGGGCAUGUCUGGUCUAGUUGGACAGAAGUUCAAAAUCAUUGGUUUGUUUUCUUUAUUUUCUUGUAUUUUUUUUCAACAUAAAGCCAAAUCAAGAAGGAAUUCUGAGAAUGUUUUCUCUGACUCUUGAUGACGUUACACUGGGCUGAAAAUGCAUCGCAUAGAAAAUAAAGUAAAAACAUUAGUGGCCUUGAGACAGAGAUAAGAAACUGAAGCUCCCUAUGGCAGCAAUAUAUGUUUUCUAUCAGCCAUUGAUUACAUUUUUUAUAUUGUUAUUAUUAUUGUUACUCUGAUGCCACAGAUUUCAGCCUCAGCUUUGCUUUUCCCAGAAAGUUUUUGAUUCCACUCGACUGCUGGGUUGUGACAUCAGAAGCUGGGCUGAUUCAUGGAAGCACAUGGGUUUUAUCAUUUGGGUUACUGACAUUGUGUUCAUUGUUGAUGCUAAAAAGUGUCUCGUAUAUGUAACAUAAAAAAUACAGUGCAGUUUUCCGACGCCCUCCUAAUGGAGCCAGUCAGAUUUUCUGUACAUUCAGACUUGGUUCCUGAUUCGUUGCUGUGGACAGAUUACAAAAAUGUUACCAAAUUAAUGUAUUAUUUAAUAAUCCACAUAUGACCUCGUCCAUAUUUUCUGAGUGAGACAUGAUGUUUCUCUGUUUCUUCUAUUUCUUUCCCUCAAAUUUAAGUCUUUCAAAUCGUCAAACACAUUUUAAUACAAAACGUAAAGAUUUCAUUUAUGAAAAGGAGGAAAAGUGACCAGACCAGGCUGGUUCUAUGUGAAAAUGACAUGGACACCAGCCAGACCCAGGUCCGAUUGGUCCUUAUCCAGAACCUUCUUGACAACAUGAAGUCGGCUAAAAGAUCUCAAAAAGCUACUCAUGAUAUUUGAAGUCAAAUUGGAAUAAAUGUGAUUAUGUUCAACAGUUUUAAACAAACCUCUUUAGAAGUUUGUUUUUAGAUUCUAUACUAGACUACAGAGAUGCAGAAAACACACAAAGACCACCUCUGAAAGCUUUUAGGGUGGUCUAGUCAAAGCCUUGAUUUUAAGAUGCCAUUAUAUGAACCUUGUUAGUCAUUUCAUGCUCAUAAACCCUCCUAAGUGACUGUAGUGACUGUACAGAGUGGGUCAAAAAUGUUCUGCAGUAAAAUACUUAUUUCCAGUUACUGAUUGUUUAGAUUUUCACAUGGGGUCAGUUUGGUUUGGAUAUUAUUUUCUUGUUUGUGUUGCCUUUUGCAUUCAUUUAGAUUUGGUUGUGUUUUGUUUGCGUGUUUGAUAAACAAAGAAAAGCCAAAAACAGAAGAAAUCUGCAAAUAGACAAAUUCUUAAUGCCACAGACUUUUUUGCAAAAUUUCAGUCGCACUGAAUACUUUGAUCCACUCCAGGACUUUCUCAGCCUUCAGUCACGUUUUUUUAGAUCAACAAAACUUUAAUGGACAAAACCACUUUUGUCUAUUUAAGAACUCUUUGUUCUUUUCUUUCGUGGAUUCAUUUGUAAUUUCACUUUUACAAACUUUGCGUUCUGUAUGACUCUGUCCUAAAAGCCAUGUAACAGACUGAAAGCGCUUUGUUUUGUUGGUGAUUGAAAACGGUGUUAUGCAAGUCUAAAUGUGAGAAAACCAAUCACCCAUUUGAUGCUGCCGUGUUGUGAACGAAGCGGGUCGGAUCCAAUGAAAGGUGUCAAAUUCAAACUGUGCUACUGUGUCAGAAUGGGGUUUGUUACUCCAGCCAUUGUGUCACUGUCUUAUUUGUUUUACUUUUUUCCACAAUAUUAUUAUUUUGUCAGCUAAGUAUUUUGUCUUGACAGUUUAAUGCUGACAUCCCUACGAGUUCAAACUGUGUUUUCUGCCAGAUUAAUUAGAAAAGUUGGGCUGCUGUCAGUUGAGUCGCUCCAUGUAUUUUGCAUUAAAAAAUGAGGGAUUCUUCAUCGGCGCAGACAGAGAAUUUGCAUAAAGUCUCAUGAGAUUAGAGUUAAAAAAACAAAAAACAUUUUGUUACCAAAGCUGUAGCUAUGUUUUGUUUAUGCUGCAGUGAUAUUACAUUUUGAAUUUGGGGCCUGUUAGAAAACUUUGACUCUCUACACUCAUAGCUUGAAGAGACAUUCCAAUUGAUAUUCUACAACUUGGAACUUGGAAAUUCAAAAUCUAUUGACUUGUUGGACGGGUUUGACAUACUGAAGCUAAUAGAUCCAAGAUUAAAAGUACCACUAUCUCAGCAAUAUCACAAAUCUAAAGCAACAAUGUGUAGUAUGAUUUCACUGCUGUUAAAAAAGCAGUCUGCCAACAAGCUCAGAGUUUGCCAACUGUAGUUUUAAAAUGCCAUCGUCUUACCAAAGUAUGUUUUUCUUUGUAACUUGAAAUACUUCCCAGCGGGUACGUUUUUUUGUUUAGUUUGUAGAUGAACAAAGUUCAGCGUAGAAAACCAUUUUGUCAGUUGGCUGGCCAACAAUGCUUAGCAACAGAUCAGUACUACGUCACUACUGUAUGUUCCACGUUUUUGUGGCAUUUCAUGGACAAUAAAGAGCAGAAAUUACAAGAAUAAGAAAAAUGUGGUUGAUUUCAACAUCAUUUUUACUGGACCAAGUCUGUUUACACAGCAUUCUUCUACUAAAGAGAUCAUGUCGCUGUUUCUCUAACUAGCUAGCAACACAUUGGCUACUUUCUGACUUACAGUUCUCUCUUUGUGCUCUGAAGUUGGAUUGUCUUUUUGAUUGAGGUACAAGGCAGAAAUACAACUAGUAUUUCUGCUAGUCAAACUGAAAAAACCUUGACUAACAGCUUUAAGUUUGCUUAAACUGUUUUAAUGCUCAAAUAAAGAGACAAACAUUAUUCAUCAGCGUAUAGCUAGUAGUAGUUUUCAGUACAACAAUCCCUUGUUUUCAUACUAGCUAGAAGCUAAUUAGUAAACUAGCUUUUCUAGUUAGAAAAACUAGUUUUCUAAUAGAAGCUAGCUUCUAGCUUUUGUAGUAGCUAGGAGCUAGUAAGAAAACGGAAUACUCCUAACCUGGGAGACAUAUCCAACACAGCAUCAAGCUAAAAGUCUUAGCUAGAAAAUUAGCAUUAGCUCUGUAGCUCUGUUAGCAUAACUAUGCUUUAGUGAGCUUGAUGGCUUUGUCCUUUUUUUAUGUUGAUACACAUUACAACAUAACAGAUGUUGUAGAAGAUGACUUUAUUCAUAGCAUAAAUUGUACAGGAAUAAAAAAAUUAUUGAAAAGCGAAGUGGCUAAAAUCAUAAUUAUGAAAAAAACAAACUAUUUUUGAUUAAAAAGCUUUAUAGUGACAUAUUAAUGAUUAUAAGAGCACAAUGAUUACUGUAACACUGCUUAGCAAUGAUAAUGUCAUAUUGGUAAUGUAAUGCUAGAGAUUCAGCUUCCAUGUUUUUAAAAUUAUUUAUGAUAAAUGACUACCAAAUGUUAUAAAAUGUAACUAUUUUUGUAUUAUAUCAGCCUUCAAUAUGUUCAGCAAAAACUACACGUUUUCCUCUGUCAGUGCAGCAUAUUGAUCUAGGCAGGCUGUGUGCUCACUGUUGGCCAAAUGAAAAUAAUUUCCUUUUUCAGGACCGACUGGUUUUAGAGCACUGGUUUUAAGUUUCUUCUCUGUUUGUAUUUUGGAGGAGGAGCACAGACUGUCAGCCCUUCAGUGAGACCUGAUUCUGUCCUCUUCUGCAGCAGAAACGUCUCUUUGUUUCCACACGGACUGGCAAAACGCUGCUCUGAAUAUUUUUAGGAGGUAGGAAAAGAAAAAUGUCCUCCUUGAGUGACUCUGUGGCAGGAGCUGAAGUGUACAUUUUAUUUACAACUAUUUUAUUACAUGCCCUUUGUACUAUCUUCUAAUGCCAAUGUAAAGCGGUGAACAGCUGUUAUUUAAAGUCUGUCGUUUGUCUGGAUCAGAUCAAGUUGAGCUCAGAGUGGGACGAUUUUUGACUGUUUUCUGUUUUCUCUCUAAACCUAGAAACCAUUGGCUUUUUUCUUCUUUUUUUUGUAUGUACCAAAAAUAUCAGUACCAACUGUUUGUUUUUAUUGAUCCUCCUACUGUUGCUUCUUUCUUCUAUGAAACUCUCGGUCCAGUUCGACGGCUCUCGGACUCUCUGGCCUGUUUACACAGUGUUAUCAAAUGUACUGUGGCAUUACCACCCAAUAAAGACACUGCUGAACCUUGA